AGUCAGAGGCUGGACAUUGCAGUGAUGGCCUUGUUUGCCCGACUCUGCAGACUUUUUCAGAGAGUCAAUGUGGAUGGGAGAGAGACCAGAGAGGGGAGGAAGGAUGCUGACCUUCCAUCUGAGAGGAAUGAAGGACGAAGGAGGUGGACUUGGCGAAUGUGCAUGGCUCACAGACAGACAACAUCCCCUGUACCUGUCAAAAGCAAAAAGCAGUUUGAGAAGGAAGAGAAGGAGCUGAUCAAAAAGAUCCAGCUCACUACCAAGGAGACAAAUGAGCUGAGAGAUCGCCUGAUCUACGUGACCGAGGGAUCCAUGAACAAGAGGCCCUACCACAGGCAAACUCGACAUUAUAAAGAACUGAAAUUAAAGGAGAAGGAGAUCAUGACAUUUCUACACGACUUAGAGAUGAAGAACAUGGAGGCCCGAGAGAACAAUCAGGAGCUCAAGAAGGAGAAAAAUUUCUAUCGUAACCUGCACACCCGGAUCCUGCUGGGGGAGAAUCUUAUAAAGAAGAAGUUGGCGAUAUUGCAGCAGGAGAGCAAGGAAAUACAUGCUGAUUGGGCCAUCAUUCAACAACGUUUGGUGGAGUUGAACCUGAGUGGUAAAGAUGAACAGGAGAAGACCAGCAACCUGGAAGCUCAAGAAAAUCAGGUAGGGAAAAACAAUUCAGUCAGGCUAUGACUAUCUGAUACCAUUGACACAUUAGAUCUAUCUUUGCUUCCCCCCGCCAACUUUCUAGUCCAUACUUCCAAGCAGCCACCCUCCUCAUGGAAUGUAGCUGUUCUUUGCUCUGUCUUCACACAAAUAUUCUGGGAAAUUAGCCUCUUGUGAGACACUGAAUUAGCCUCUUUUGAGACACUGUUACCACUGGCAAGUGUAUUUUCAACUCUGCUUUAGUCUGCAUUCCACUCAGGGUGACAGGUGAAUAACAUGUCACAUUCUUGCAUGCAUGUCUUCAUGAUAGGUGGAAUGCUAUGUGGAGGUUUAAGUGAGUCCUGGGUCCUUAGACAGGAGACAGGCAGAGGUCAUAUGACAUUCUAGGUCAAUUCACCUUGGAGGGAUUAGAGCCAAGUACAAAUGUCAAAUGAGUACUUCUCAUUAUCAUUGAUCUGGGUGGCAUGUGGCCUUCUCCUUUCUUCCUGUAAUCCACUGAGGUCUCUUCCUUUGCCAUGUUCUUGUUUGGAGCUGAUAGAAGCCUGAGUUGAUCUUUUUCAGUCCCUGUUUUGUGACUGUUUUUGAAUACUUUGCCUGUCUGCAGUUUUCAAAUCUGUAAUUUCAGUUAAAAUAUUAAUGUUGACUGUCAAGUAAAGUUGAGGAAGUGGGAGAAUGCAGCCUGAGAGCGGCCAUGCCCAUCCCCACCAUUCCUGUGUCUUAGUAACUGCCUUCCUCUCCCAGGUCUCAGAAGCUGCAAGAGAGCUGGGAUUGGCCACAGCUGAAGAAGACAGCAUCUUGCAGAAUGAGUUGCCAUGCCAGGAGGCUCCUGCUGAGCACCAUCCCCAGCACCCAUCAUCUUCCUCGGAUGAAUCUUCCUCAGAUGAAUCUUCUUAUAGCACAUGUCCUGAGUGGGAAUAGGCCCUAACGAGGAAGCCAUGGCUGAUUCAGGGCGUUGUUCCCUUUUCUCUUCAGACAACGACUCUUGGUAGAAAACUGAGGCAGCUGCACUGCUACCAAGUGUCCAAGAGGAGCAGCAGCCUGGAGGGCUGUGCUGCUAAAAGUGCAGAAAAAUGCUGCUGAACAAUAAUUUUCCUUUAGAGUUUUGGUUGAAGUUUUCAUUUUUGUUCUUUGAGUUAUUGUUAUGUUAUUUAGAAGUUAUAUGUUCUUGUUCUUGUAUUUCAUUGUUUGUUUUUGCCUUUAUCUCUAUAUUAAUUGAAUUUUAAAACCUAUUUCUUAAAAAUUCUAUUUCUUAUGCAGAAAAAUUGAUUUGCAAGUAGUGACUCUUGAGACCAUCUUCCUUAUUCAGGUGUUCUAUCCCCUGCUGUAGACCUAGAACUCACAUCCAGAGAUGCAUCUUUGUAAGUUCCAGGCAGCCAGGGCUGUAUAAUAAAGUCAGAGCCUAGCCACCUAGGGGUAUACAAGGUGAUGAUCUUUUGUGUCGAUAAUUUUACUUACCCCAUGGACACACACUUGAUGAUGUAAUCACUGCCAUACUGCAUCCAUGGUGUCAUGAAUUCUAUUACUCCUAACAUAUAGCACUCUAUAACACACAUUCAUUCAUGAUCCCGUGAACCAGAUACUGAGUAAUAUACAGCCAUUGUUCUAGAGCUGCUGCGGAUAUAAAAACACUCAGAAAGGAAUAUAAAAUAAAUCAGGAAGGCCAGAGCCAGCUGCCUCAGUUUACUUUCAAUAGAACAUCAGUGAUUGAGGAGAACAAUGGCUUCCCUUUGGUUCUGGCCUGAAAGGGUCAGAGCUGUUAACUGGGAGAAAGUUCAGGGGUCGUUCCUCCUGAAAGGGAGGGAUGUCUAAACAUGACUUUCUGUGAGCCAGAGUUUUUCCAUUUCCUAGUCAAGAGUUAAUAUUUACCCUGAGAGGAAGAUGUCCUUGGGUCUUCAGAUAACAGUUUCUUCUUCUGAAAUUCAUUCUUGUUAUGAGAAAAUGACUCCAAAAUUGAUAAUAUUGUUUGCCAGAUGCAACUAAGUAAAAAUGUUAUUUUUUGAGCAAAAUUUGCAAAGUCAUACCCCAUGUUUUUAAGCUGUAGAAAUCAGUAAAGCUUUGCUACUUGCCAGCAGAGCGGUAGUCCAUCUGUUUCUUUAAGGCAUUCUCCAAGCUGGUCUUCAUCAAAUGUUAACCACAUAGCAGAUAUAAUGACCUUCCAUGGCUUGCUGGGAAAUAGGUUUUGAUAGAUGCUGCUGUCCUUGGCCAUAAACUUGCUGUGUUUUUGCUGUUGCUGAUUAGACUUAUGUUUAACAUUUAUGUGAAUGGGUGUCUUUCCUACUGAAUGUAAUACUGUAUGUGGCUCCUCCUGAGGGACAUUUCCCUCAGAGGACAGAAGAAGGAACCACAACCAUUCCUGGAGAUGGUUGUUAGGCACCAUGUGGGUCUUCUAGAGAGUAGCAGGUGCGCUAACCUGUGAGGCAUCCCCACACCUCCUGCAGUUGGCUUUUGUCCUUCCAGAGAAUGUGCUGUUUUAGAUGGCCAGGAUCAAGUCCAGUUGAGUGGAGAAAUCUCAGGAGAUGUGUAGGUACAGUGCCUGACCUGCUCAUACUCAUUGUCCUAUGCUGCCAGGUAUGUAUGCAGGGCUCUGAUGUUACCCCUGGCAGUUCUGUGUUCAGAGCCUUUUAUUUGGACAAAAUGGGGUAGACGGAAAAUUGUGGAUUGAAGUUUGUGUGUUCUGCUCCCUCAAGAGUCCCUAAACACAGGUGCAGUCAGGGGAAAUCUUAAUUGGUCAGAUAAGGCUAGAGGCUCUUAUUGGACAAUUGGGAAGAAAUGCAGAGCUGAAAUAUUAGAGAGUGGAAGUGUGAUGGAGAAGAGAGAGGGAACGGAGGACAAAGAUAGAGGAAUGGGAAGAUGGUGCUAGACUACGGGGCCCUAGUGUCCAAAAAUAACUGGGGAUUUCAUAAAUGGGAAAUAGAGUAAUGUAGGUACAUUUUCCUGAUCUAAGUGUGCAGGUUGUAUUUAUAUGUGUUGAGUUUUGUAUUGCUUGAAUGGGCACUUUGUGCUUGUAGAUUUCCCCUAAUAAAUUUGGCUGGCAUAUUACAA